AUGACUCCACAGGUCUUCUUCGUGACGGGCAGCAGCACUGGCUUCGGCAACGAACUAGUCAAGAGAGUUCUGGAUGAAGGGGACGCCGUUAUCGCUACUGCAAGACAGUCAUCCAAGCUCCAAUUCCACAAUGCAAACAAGAACAAUUAUCUGGCCGUCGACUGCGAUGUGACAGACGAAGCGUAAAGCCGCCUUUGAAAAGGAUCACUGAGACAUUCAUCUACUGAUACUGCCAGCUCCAUCGAAAAUGCCUUCUCCAAGGGCCUUGCUCACUUCGGCCGAAUUGAUGUUGUUGUUAACAGUACACAAUCUGAUACCUUUACAAUGAUCUCCAAACAUCCCAACUGACGCAGCAGUAGAUGCCGGCUACGGCCUGGUCGGAGCCUUCGAAUCCCUCACCGACGCCCAAAUCCGCCACGAAUUCGAAGUAAACUUCUUCGGCCUCGUAAACGUCACGCGUAAAGCACUUCAAGUCAUGCGUGACCUUAACAAAGAGCCCCAAGGAGGCAGGAUCUUGCAAAUUUCGAGUAUCGCGGGACAUGUCGGACUCCCUAUGACGAGCAUGUAUUGUGCUUCGAAGUGGGCUGUGGAGGGCUUUACGGAGAGUGUGAGGAAUGAGAUACUGGAUGAGUAUGAAGCGCUUCCAACAGAGGAAGACGAGGCGGGAGCUGAAGACUGAUUUGGUCGUGGCAAUAGAUGGAACAUCCACUUCACUCUCAUCGAACCUGGCAGUUUUCAGACGGAUUGGUUAGGGCGCAGUAUUGUCAUGGCCGACGAGCACCCGGCCUAUCCACACCUGCCAGCCCGCCAAGUGUGGGCCGACAUGAGAGGGAAGGAACCAGGUGAUACAGUCAAGGCCGCCAAAGCUUUCUGGGAUAUAGCAAAGUUGGAAAAGCCUCCUCUCAGGAUAUUGCUAGGCAGUGAUGCGGUAGCUUUCAUGCAGAAGAAGUUGAAAGUUUAUGGAGAGUGGGUUGAAGAAUGGGGACCGUUCGCGAAGGCGAUGGACAGGCAGAAGACUGACCAGAAAGCCGGGAAUCCGCUGGAUUGGAAGAUGAUAUAG